AUGGCUGUUUCGAAAGUUUCUAUAGUGCUGCUAGCGCUGUUGCACGCUAGCUUUCAACAGUCGCACUAUCACAGUCAUGGCCAUGAAUUCGAGUCACCACAUUAUAAGUACAGUCGUGAGGCUAACGAACAGGAAGUGUUAGCCGAAAGUCGUGGGGAUUUUCAUCACCAUGAACAUUCACAUGAAUAUCACAGACAUUCGAAAGAACACGUCCAUGAUGCUUCAGACCACCAUCAUACUGAAGAAGAGACAAUUCGUCGUUACAAUCAGCGUCUUUCUUCAAAAGAAGAAACGUAUGCUUCCAAACCGUUUGAUCCAAAUGGGAUGCUGUCAUUUAUGAAUAAUUUUCGUAUACGUGUUUGGGUAUAUAGCAUUGGGUCAACGCUUCUUAUCAGUUUCGCACCGUUUUUAAUUUUGUCAUUGAUUCCAGUACAGGUGAAAUCAAAUACAGCAGAUAGUGAACCUUUGCUUAAAGUAUUGCUGAGUUUUGGAUCGGGUGGUUUAUUGGGGGAUGCAUUCCUUCAUUUGAUUCCACAUUCUCAACCUUCUCAUCAGCAUAGCCAUGUUCAUUCCCAUUCACAUACUCAUAGCCAUUCACAUGAAUCUCAUGAAAUGGAUGUUGGAACAUAUGUAUUAGCUGGUAUAAUAGCAUUUCUGACAGUUGAAAAACUGGUGCGCAUUUUACGUGCCAAACAUAUAAUUAAUUCACACGCUCAUUCUCAUUCACAUGGCCAAGACAUAUUAUCAGUCAAGAAAAAGAAAAUCGUUGAGAAAAGUGAAUAUCAAGAAGAAAGUAAAGAGAGAUCAAGUGCAUCGUCAAUGGAAAAUAGUACUGAUGAUUCUGAUGAAGAGAAAGUAAAUUUAGUUAGAGAGACAGUGGAUCAUGAUACUGGAUUUGAAAUAGCUGCAUAUUUGAACAUGGCUGCUGAUUUUGCUCAUAAUUUUACUGAUGGAUUAGCAAUUGGUGCAUCAUUUCUUGCUGGCACAACAGUCGGUGUUGUAACGACAAUUACCGUACUUGUUCAUGAAGUGCCACACGAAAUUGGGGAUUUCGCCAUCCUUGUACAGUCUGGUUUUACGAAAAGCAAAGCAAUGUUUGUUCAGCUUUUAACUGCUUUGGGUGCUCUUACUGGUUGUGCGUUAUCACUGUCAACUUCUGGUGCUAGCAAUACAGCUUCUUCAAAUUGGAUUCUUCCUUUUACAGCAGGAGGAUUUAUUUACAUUGCUACUGUAUCAGUUAUUCCUGAGCUGCUUCAAAAUAGUUCGACAUGGCAAAGUAUUAAGGAAGUUCUGGCCUUAUUAACUGGUAUAAUGUUGAUGUAUGUGAUUGCAGCAUACGAAUGA